AUGACAACCCCGGCUAGAAGACGUCUAAUGAGAGACUUUAAAAAGUAAGGGACCCUCUCUCGCUAUCUUAUGUGUCUUUCUUUUCACACGGGCCAGUUGUUCCCGCAAAUUUGGUUGUGAAGAUGGUUUCGUGUUGAACGUGUCCUUGUUGACGGUGGGUUCAUCUCUUUCGAUAUUUCCUAGACUUCAAGACGAUCCCCCUACUGGAGUUACCGGUGCUCCGACAGAAAACAAUAUAAUGUUAUGGAAUGCGGUGAUUUUCGGGUAAGUGAAGACCAGAAUGAUUUCGCCAAAUCAUCAGAGACAGGCUAGUAGUUUUUCUUACUAACGCUUUACUUUUGUUUCUUACCCAGACCAGACGACACUCCGUUUGAAGGAGGUUUGUUUUCAAUCCAACCGUUUUGCUUUCCUCCCAAUAUUACAUCCUGUACACGAUAAAAUUUCAAUUUUGUUUUUACUUAUCGUAUUAUUCUCGUUUUUUUUCGCCACAGGAACUUUUAGACUAACCAUGGAAUUUACAGAAGAAUACCCAAAUAAAGCACCCACUGUUAAAUUUAUUUCAAAAAUGUUUCAUCCCAACGGUAAGAGUUGCUUUAUAGUCUUAGACCCGCUUCCAGAGUUGGUCGCGUAGUCAUUAAUUCGUUGAGACUGUAAACAGGUCAUAUUUUUGGUCGUAUUUUUUUUAUUACAAUCUUACGACUUAAAUAAAUUUCACCAAGUGACGUAACAGACCACACAGACUGGUUUUCCUUUACAAAAUGUAAGGUGGCUCUGAACACUCUAUUAGAUCAUUUCUAAUACUACCUUUGAAUCAUUGAAACAUCAGUAUUGCACAAAUUUAACUUUUACAAUCUGUGAUACUAUUGUGACAUAUGAGGUUAACACAGAAAUGACACUGUAAAGAAGAGUACAGCUGCAGUUUCGUUUUUGUGCUAAUGACUCAUCUACGUCACGAGUUUCUAGCAUUGUGAGACAAAUGAUAAGACAUUCUUAUGACGUACCUCAUUAGUGACAAACCUCAGCCUAUUUUUUAACUCUUAAACAACACUUAUCAAUCAGUAGAUGCUAUAGUAAAUAUGUAUGAAUGUAGCAUUACAUCAUGCAUGUUGUAAGUUUAUGUAAUUUGCCAAUGCUGGUCUGUGGCAACCAAUGCUGUACAUUGACAAUGUAACUUCCAGUAAUUUACAUUUCAUAGUGUAGGCUGAUCAUCUUGAUUAGCAUAGUGCUUUAAAGGACUACUGACAGUAACAGUGAGCAACAACUGACAAGCUGCGCAGAAGUCAUUAUCUGAGUGGCUGUAAUGAUGGUUUUCACUCAAAAUUUAGUACAUGCACUAUGAUUGGUUUAUUUAGUGGGCCAUAUUUCACUUGUUACCCGCUAAAUGAAUAAGAAUUGUUUGAAUUCAAAUCUUCUCCCUCUCUUUGAACCCAGAGAUAUAACGAAUAUCUUGCUAACCCAGUUUUCUGAGUCCAUACCGUAACUUACAAACCAACUUUUUUCUGCUCAGGUUUAUGGACUGUGCAUUUGGACCAUAAAUCUGAGCAGAUAAAAUGGAUUAGUCCAUAACUUACAAUAUGGACCUCAAACUCAGUUGGUAAGAGGUAUUUAUUACCUUUUACCUUUCAACUCCCAAUAUUUAACUUGUAAUUUUCCCUUUGAGCCUGUAAGAACAUAACAUCACUACUUGAACUGAGACCGCCUAAUCCAGGCUUCAGACUGCACAUAUAAGAUCGUCAAUGUAUUUUUAAUGACCUUAGAGUGUGAAAGUUAUUGACCGUGUGCGUCAAUGACAUAUCUUUCAGUUUAUGCGGAUGGAGGCAUUUGCUUAGAUAUUCUUCAAAACAGAUGGAGUCCCACAUAUGAUGUUGCAGCAAUUCUUACUUCAGUACAGGUUUGUGUCCCAUAAGUGACAUACAGUCCUAUUGUAAAUGAUUUUUAAAUAAAUAAUACACAAUCUGGACUAUUUUAAGAUGGUACCUGAAAGUGAAAAGCUUUACUUAAAGCUGUCCCAGAUAAAUAAGUCUUAAUGCUUUUCUGUUAACUAAACAAAAUGGCUGCCAUUUUGUUUAACCCUUUAACUCUCAAGAUUUCGUUAGUCUUUCUCCUUACUGUCUGCCAUAGAAUUCUUAUGAUGUCAAUUUGAAGAAUUUGGUAUUAGAUCAACUAAUUAUCCCUAAUUUUUAUUUUACUUUAUUCUCAUCACUUCUCUGCUUGAUAUUGUAUUAUUAUUGUGAGGAGAAAUUCUCCCUUAGUCACUCAUGGGAGGUAAAGGGUUAACUGUCACAGUCACCAUUCAUUUAUUUCUGCUCAAAAUUGGUGAAUGGCUGCCAUGUAAAUUUCUUCAAUAGUAUUUCAACACUUGUAUAAUUUUUUCAUCAACUUUGGUUCAGUGAGGUGAAAGUAGCCAAUUAAAGGUAGCAGACUAGAGGCUGGUUUUGGCUAGGUAUUGUCUCUUAAUGACAGCUCUGAAAGUCAACACUGCCCUUAAGGGUGUUAUAUACAUAAUAUGUAUCUGUAUGCUUUUUAUCUUGCAGUCAUUAUUAGAUGAGCCAAAUCCAAAUAGUCCUGCGAACAGCUUAGCUGCCCAACUCUACCAAGAAAACAAACGAGAGUAUGAGAAAAAAGUCAUUGCAAUUGUAGAGCAAAGCUGGCAGUCAACUUAAUUUCUUUGUUCUGUUUUCUACUCUGGCCUUUUUGUUUGUGAAUUGCUUGUGGUGGUUUCUUUGUUAGUGUAUGUGUGUGUCUUUUUUUUAUUAGAACAAAAGUAUGUAUAGAAAAGGCAGAAAAUUUCCAACUCGACUUUGAACAGUUGAUGCAGAGUAUUGUUUCUGCAAACGGAAGCAACAUAAUAUGGUGUAGGCUAUCAUAAAUGUAAACUUUUUAGUACUUUAACAUUAAUGAGAUUUGUAUAAUAUUUCUCCAUAAUUAUUGUUUUUUGUUUUGUUAGAAAUAAGGCCUAGAUUGUUUGGAUAUUCUGUGCCUGUCAUGGACUAGAUUCAUUAUGUUAAAAGUGGUGUAAAUACACAGAAAUAAACUAAUAUCCUUGCAGUUGCACUGUUGAUUAUGGCACUACACGCAUGCAAGUUGUCUUCCAACAAAAGUAACCCCUUGUCCAAAGUUCUUGACAUGACAAGACAAGCAGCAUCUUUAAUUUAGCUGUGGAGUAAGAUUUUUAAACUGGGAAAAGCAUUAGCUUUGCCCUUUACAUCCAAACAUCAGAAUGCAAACUUUCCAUACUAUUCUUUAUACAUUUCUUGUGGUACUGACAGUGAGAAUUUGUUUAAAAAUCUAAAAAUUUAUUUUCUCAAUUCUCAUGAUCAUGUUGUAGGAUUCUAUGAUGAUAAUGUCAGGAGAAAUUGAAUGUUAGUCAAUCUAAGGCUGGGGUUAAUAGGUUAAUGGGUAGAAAGCUGUAUUGUGAAUAAGAAGAGCUGGCUUUCGUAUGUGACACUACAUGCAUGCAAGUUGUCUUGUUGCUGGCUUUGGUUCGUGGCAUUACAUGCAAGUUGUCUUGUUGCUGACUUUAUGUGGUACUACACGCAUGCAAGUUGUCUUGUUGCU